AUGAUGAGUGGUUGUGGCACUACCGUCUUAGACAUCUCAACUUUCGAAACCUCGACGCGUUACAAAGGAAGUAUAGUAACCGGGUUGCUAAAAAUCAAUGUUCCAGCUGAGAUGUGUGAAGAGUGUCUUCAAGGGAAGCAACACAAGAGUAUUUUCAGCAAGGAUGCAGGUCAUAUGACCAAACAUCACCUUGAGGUGGUGUAUUCUGACGUGUGUGGUUCAAUGCAAGUCGACUCGUAUGGUGGCAAUAGAUACUUUGUCAUAUUUAUCGAUGAUUUCAGUAGGAAACUAUGGACAUAA